AGCAACGCCGAAUCCCCCUUACGAUAGUUUCACAAGUUCCGUAAAUUCACACGAUAGGAUUCAGUCUGCUCGUGACUCUGAAGGAUACCAUGUUGGGAAAUUGUGAAAGAUGGUUUUCGUAUUACAUUUCUUUUGUGGAGUAAUAGUGCACGAAUAAAAUUAAAAAAUGCCUCCUUUAUUAAUUAACAACAGAAGUGAUAAUAACUAAAUCAUGAAGCUUGAUAUAUAUACGUAUAUAUAAUACAUUAUAUAUUAUCAUAGUAUUUUGGACCUGACGGAGAAAUAUUUCAUAAAGGAAAGGAAUGCACGGUUCUUUUAAUUUGUUUCUGCGAAACCAUACGGAAGAGACUGUUAACCUGGACAGAAUUAACGUAACGUAGAAGACAUAUGACUUUCGGAGACAUUGAGGUAUAAAAUUCACUUGGAUCAAUAAAGACUGGCAACCCUGACGAGAAGUUUGGAUUACUCAUCGUGGUUGGAUUCACGUUUGACCAUAUCACCGUUAAUUAUGCAAACGGAACUGAUCUAUGAGAGGUUAUAUCCCGUCCGUGCUUUUCAUGGCGGGCGGAACACAUCAAACGUUGCAUCAAAGAAUGACGACAGAAGUGGGGUGUAUUGGAAAAUGCACCGUAGGUCUCACAACAGCAGAAUUAAACUUAAUAACCGAAGACGUAUCAAAAGCCCUCGAUCAUCCAAAAGGAAUUGAACUUUUUGAAAAAUUCCUACAAAGAACUCAAAGAAGGUCGGACCUUGCCUGUCUGGAAAUGUACAGAUUAUGCAGCGACAUUGAAAGAUCAUCAAUGGGACAUACUGAUCUGAUCGACGAAAUUGACAGGAUACUGCAAGUGGCUCGAAUGAGACGAAUUCAGGCAGUGGACUUUCCACUACAACGAGAAUUGUGGCAGGCACGCUCCAGUCCUUCAAAAAAUGAUAAGCUUAGUGUCAUUGCCAAGACAAAAUAUCAGGUCAUGAAACGUCUGGAGGGUGCUCAUGAUGAUUUUAGAAAGUAUGCUCCUCGACCUUGUCCAAGAAGUAAUUGAUAUUCACCACUGGAGUCUCUGGAGUAGGGAUCAGUUCGAGUGAGUUAUCGCCUUAGUAUUUUUAACGGGUAUGCUCGAUCUAGCAUACUUUCGAAGAUAAUACAUUAAAUUUGAUACAAUAUUUGAAAACAUAUGACGUGUAGGCAGAUAAAUUGUCCGUUGCAACUAGUAUGCUCUUGGAAGAGGUAAAUCCAUAAAAAAAAGGGAAAUCAGAACUAUCUGUCGCACUGCAACUGGUAUUUAUAUCGAGUAAAUAUGUAAAUUACUAUACCCUUGCAGAACACUACUAAGUAUUAUUUUCUAUGUUCUUUUGCAUAUUCCACGUUUAAUGAUUAUUUGCACAAAAAUGUUGUAUUUGUAAAGAAUUAUUCUUUAAUCACAAAAUUUCUACAUUAGUGUAUUUGUACUACUCGUCAGUCGUUAUUAUAAAUAUCUGUGAAGUUCUGAAUACAAAAAUUAAAAAUUUGAUAUAUAUUUUAUUAUUUAUAUUAGAUAAUUAAACGUAGAGAAAUACUAAUAAAAUAUACAGUACAAGUUUAUUAUAAGAACCAAUGAACCAAAUGCCUAAAAAAUAUCGAAGAUUGCUUUCUACAUUACUCCAGGAUGAAAUUAAAUUUAUAUUGUUAAGUACUUAAUCUGUUACAUUUAACAGAGCUUAGCAUUUUUGAUAUGUGAUAACUAUUUAUGUAUUCUCGUCGUGGUUUUAAUCCUUAGUAAUAUUCUACGAGAUAUAUUACUUCAUGUUUUAAUGUUAGGUUAGGUUUAAAAAUCACCACGCAGUUCCUGAGUUUUUGUUUAGUUUUUGUAUUAUCUAUUUUUUUAAUACACACGUGUAUUUAAUUGUGAAGCUAUUCUAUGUUCGUAAACUCAAUAAGUAUUUUCAUACUGUACAAAUAAAGAACUGUUUUAUCUAUCGUGUAA